AUGGGCGGUUCCUCCACCCCCCAAGAAGCGGCUCCGGCUUACGAAGAGCUCUUCGAGCAACGUCCCUCGAAUCCCGUUACCGGUUAUUCCCACAUCCCUGUCGCGGAUGAACUAGACGUCGAGAAUCGGGGGCACGAGCAUGCGCAUCAUCUCGAUACCGAUACGCCUGUCAUUCAUCUUGCUGCUCAGAAUGAAGAGCAGGUACAUUUCCAUUGCGAGGAAUGUGAUCGUCGACAAGAGAGGAGGGAGCGGAGGAGAAGUAAUCAGAAUUGCUGUAUGAUGGUAUCAGCGACGUUUGUUAUUAUCAUCUUUUUGCUGUGUGUAUUUGGGUUCAAGUUGGCUGCGGAACUACAUAAGGGUGGGAAGAGGGAUCCUCGUGAUGUUCAUAUUUUUUCUGCUUGA